AUGGCGAGUCCGAAGAUCGUCCGAUGGCCUAAUCACUUCGACACUCUAGAGGCCGUACUUGCAUUCGCACGUGACUAUUGGCCUCAAUAUCCCGUAUACAGCAAUCUUGCAUCUGCUAAUACACACUUAAUCGCAUUCGGUAAACUUAUCGACGAACUACGUAUAGACCGCCAGAAAGUGUACGCCUCUAUAACUACCGCCUUAGCACAUGUGACAUUUGCUACGAGCGACCUGUACCACGCACGUAUACACAAUCAAGAUUUACAGACCGAGCUCGACAGUUUCAAACGCCAUAAUCAGCAACUCGGGGAAGAACAUAAACUACUCCUAGCUAAACACGAAACACUCCGAACAGAACACGCACAACUUUCCAACCGUCUUACAAAGGCUCAAUCACGUCUAUACGAACAAACAGACCAAUCGACUGACAAUCCUAGUACUCUUCGGGUUAAGCUUGAUUUCAUGCGCAUAGAACUCCAAGAAAAACUCGAUCUAAUCGAUCAUCUAGAGCGUGUAACCAAGACGAAACCAGCCACGUAUGCCGACUUGAACGGUAUCACUGCCGACGAUCCCGGUGUUCCGCUUUCAGAGUGCUCAGAACACAAAGAG